UUGGGGUUCGGACCUCUCUUCCUUCUGUAGUUGCUGUCUCGCUCUCGGUUUCCUAUCCUGCUUCUUGCCAGUUCCGUGGGCCUGCUCUCGGCGGCACCAUGAAGAUCGAGGAGGUGAAGAGCACCACGAAGACGCAGCGUAUUGCCUCGCACAGCCACGUGAAGGGGCUGGGGCUGGAUGAGAGCGGCCUGGCCAAGCAGGCGGCCUCCGGGCUGGUGGGGCAGGAGAACGCCCGCGAGGCAUGUGGUGUGAUAGUUGAAUUAAUCAAAAGCAAGAAAAUGGCUGGGAGAGCUGUUUUGUUGGCAGGACCUCCUGGAACUGGCAAGACAGCCCUAGCUCUGGCAAUUGCUCAAGAGUUGGGUAGUAAGGUCCCCUUCUGUCCCAUGGUGGGAAGUGAAGUCUACUCUACAGAAAUUAAGAAGACAGAAGUGCUGAUGGAAAACUUCAGAAGGGCAAUUGGUCUGAGAAUAAAGGAGACCAAGGAAGUCUAUGAAGGUGAAGUCACAGAGUUAACUCCAUGUGAGACCGAAAACCCUAUGGGUGGAUAUGGCAAAACCAUAAGCCAUGUAAUUAUAGGACUUAAAACAGCAAAAGGAACCAAACAGUUGAAACUGGACCCCAGCAUCUUUGAAAGUUUGCAGAAAGAGCGAGUGGAGGCCGGAGACGUGAUAUACAUAGAAGCCAACAGUGGUGCAGUGAAGAGGCAAGGCAGGUGUGAUACCUAUGCUACUGAAUUCGACCUUGAAGCUGAAGAAUAUGUUCCCUUGCCAAAGGGCGACGUGCACAAAAAAAAGGAGAUUAUUCAGGAUGUGACCCUGCAUGACUUGGAUGUGGCCAAUGCUAGGCCCCAGGGUGGGCAGGAUAUCCUCUCCAUGAUGGGCCAGUUAAUGAAGCCGAAGAAGACCGAGAUUACAGAUAAACUCCGAGGGGAGAUUAACAAGGUGGUGAACAAGUACAUUGACCAGGGCAUAGCUGAGUUGGUUCCUGGUGUGCUCUUUGUUGAUGAGGUGCACAUGCUGGACAUAGAAUGCUUCACCUACCUACACCGUGCCUUGGAGUCUUCCAUUGCCCCCAUCGUCAUCUUUGCCUCUAAUCGGGGCAACUGUGUCAUCAGGGGUACUGAGGAUGUGAUCUCUCCUCAUGGAAUUCCCCUGGACCUUCUGGAUAGAGUGAUGAUCAUCCGCACCAUGCUGUACACUCCACAGGAAAUGAAACAGAUAAUAAAAAUUAGAGCCCAGACAGAAGGAAUUAACAUCAGUGAGGAAGCAUUGAACCAUUUGGGUGAAAUUGGUACCAAGACAACAUUAAGGUACUCCGUGCAGCUCCUGACCCCAGCCAACCUGCUGGCCAAGAUCAAUGGGAAAGACAGUAUUGAGAAGGAGCAUGUUGAAGAAAUUAAUGAACUCUUCUAUGAUGCCAAGUCUUCAGCCAAAAUCCUAGCUGACCAACAGGAUAAAUAUAUGAAGUGAAACGAUGGUGGCAUUUUAACCCUUUGGGGAUGAAAUGGAAAGACACCGAGAAUGUGCCCUGGCCUGCUGAAACAGCAAACGUGUGAGAGUGGCUAUUUCUGGCGCAGAGAAACCUCUGAACUUAAUGUCUGUGUUCCAAGUUAGGAGCAGUUAGUUUUGUGUGAAACAAUUAAUUUAAAACUAUCAUAUCUUCUGCCAUAGUUGCUGUGUUUCAAAUCUCACCUGGAAUAUCAUCUAAUAAAUCUUUUUAGUUUA